GUUGCUAUUCUAGUGUAAGUGGGUCUCUCUCCUUCUGCACCAAAAAAGAAAAAUUUAAAACUCUCAUCACCCACUCUGCUUCGCCUUCAACACAUGGCAACACCUUCGUUCUUUUUUCUUCCUCUGCCACCCCAACGCUCCUCCUCUGCAACUUACCUUAUCUCCAACCACCACUCACCAUCUUCUUCAACCUUUAAAACCAAUCUUUAAUUAACUUCUGUCUCCAUUUUUUCUUCCUUUUCUUUAAUAAUGGCUGCUGCUAAUGCCAUGUCAAUGACGGAUCUUCUCCUCUUCAUUUUCUUUCUCUUUUUAUCUUCAUCUCCGCCGUCCUCCGGGCAGACCCAGCAGCAACGCAGCCCUGAAAAUCUUGCAGAAAUCGAAUCUUUAACGUCUUUCAAGCUUAAUCUCGACGACCCUCUUGGUUCUUUAAACACUUGGGACUCCUCAACACCCUUAGCUCCAUGUGACUGGCGUGGGGUUUUUUGUUCCAAGAACCGAGUCACUGAGCUCCGUCUUCCCAAUCUCCAACUCGGCGGCCGACUCACUGAUCAUUUAUCUAACUUGCAACUCUUACGUAAGUUAAGUCUUAGAUCAAACUAUUUUAACGGAACUAUUCCUUCUUCCCUCUCGAAAUGUACUCUUUUACGUGCUCUUUUCUUGCAGUACAACUCAUUUUCUGGUAAUCUUCCGUUAGAAUUCAGUAAUCUUACGAGUCUUCAAGUUCUCAGUGUAGCUCAGAACAAUUUGUCCGGUAAAAUUAGCCAACUUCCUUUAAAUUUGGUUUAUUUAGAUCUUUCUUCUAAUGCAUUUUUUGAUUCAAUCCCGUUACAAAUUUCAAAUAUGUCUCAACUUCAGCUUAUAAAUCUGUCUUACAACCAGUUCUCGGGUUCGAUUCCGGCUAGUUUUGGCCAGCUUCAGAGUUUACAGUAUCUGUGGUUGGAUUAUAAUCAUUUUGUAGGUACUAUACCCUCUGCAAUUGCUAAUUGCUCUUCACUUGUGCAUUUGAGUGCUAAUGGUAACUCACUUGGAGGUGUUUUUCCUGCUGCUAUAGGAGCUUUACCUAAGUUGCAAGUUAUUACUUUAUCACAGAAUAACCUAUCUGGGUCUGUUCCUUUGUCUGUUUUCUGUAAUGUGUCUGGUUAUUCGCCUUCGUUGCGGAUCGUGCAGCUCGGGUUUAAUGGGUUUAGUGAGAUUGGUAGUCCUGAGUCAGGAGAUUGUUUUAGUGCUUUGCAGGUUUUGGAUCUUUCGCGGAAUCAUAUCCUUGGCGGGUUUCCGGUAUGGUUAGCAAAGAUUGUUUCUUUAACAAUGUUGGAUUUUUCGGGGAAUUUGUUUUCUGGUGAUAUUCCGGUGGAAAUUGGAAACUUGUCGAGGUUGGAACAGUUAAGAUUGGCUGGUAAUUCUUUUAGUGGUCUACUUCCUGUGGAGAUUAAACAAUGUAGCUCGUUGCGAGUACUUGAUCUUGAAAGGAACAGGUUUUCAGGUGAAAUUCCUGCAUUCUUGAGUGAUAUUAGAGGUUUGAAAGAGUUAUCUUUAGGUGGGAAUCAAUUCUUUGGUUCAGUUCCAGCAAUUUUUCGGAAUCUUACUGAGCUGGAGACCUUAAGUUUGCGUGGUAAUCGUUUGAACGGGAGCUUGCCAGAGGAGCUUAUUGGAUUGAGCAAUUUGACUACACUGGACCUGAGUGAAAACAGGUUUUCUGGUGAAAUUCCUGGAAGUAUUGGGAAUUUGAGUAGAAUAAUGUCCUUGAAUUUGAGUGGAAAUGUUUUUUCCGGAAAGAUUCCGGCUAGUUUGGGAAAUCUGUUGAGGCUGACAACUCUUGAUUUGAGCAAACAAAAUUUAUCUGGUCUGCUGCCAUCUGAACUUUCUGGAUUGCCGAAUCUUCAAGUAAUUGCUUUGCAAGAAAACAGUUUAUCCGGUGAUGUUCAUGAAGGGUUCAGUAGUUUGAUGGGUUUGAGUUACUUGAACCUAAGUUUUAAUGGCUUGUCUGGUCAAAUUCCUUCAACUUAUGGAUUCCUCAGGUCACUGGUAAUCCUUUCAUUGUCUAAUAAUCACAUAUCUGGAUCAAUCCCAGCAGAGCUUGGUAAUUGUUCUGAUCUUGAAACUCUCGAGUUGCAAUCAAAUUCUUUUACCGGUCAUAUUCCUGCUGAUCUCUCUCGCCUUUCGCAUUUGAAAGUGCUUGAUGUUGGAAGGAACAAGCUAUCCGGUGAAAUCCCUGGGGAAAUCUCGCAAUGCUCCUCGUUAGCUACAUUGUUACUUGAUCAUAAUCAUCUGUCAGGCAGCAUUCCGGAUUCAUUGUCCAAUUUACCCAACCUUACAUCUCUCGAUCUUUCGACUAAUAACUUGAGUGGGGAGAUUCCAGCUAAUCUUACGCAAAUUACUAGCUUGGUAUACUUGAAUGUGUCUAGCAAUAAUCUUGAAGGCGAGAUUCCGUUUUUGCUGGGCUCUAGAUUUAACAAUCAGUCAGCAUUCGCAGAAAAUGCAGACCUUUGUGGGAAGCCAUUGCACAGGAAAUGUGUGGAUACAGCCGAAAGGGAUAGAAGAAAACGGUUGAUUUUGCUGAUUGUUAUAGCUGCAAGCGGAGCUUGUCUCUUGGCAUUGUGUUGCUGCUUCUACCUUUUCGGUCUCUUGAGGUGGCGAAAAAGGCUAUUACAAAGGGCGGCCGGGGAGAAGAAACAUAGCCCAGCUAGGGCUAGCUCAACAGCAAGUGGGGGUCGCGGCAGUUCAGAAAGUGGAGGGCCGAAGCUUGUUAUGUUCAAUAACAGGAUUACGCUUGCAGAAACAAUCGAAGCAACUAGGCAAUUCGACGAAGAAAAUGUACUCAGCCGAACAAGACAUGGAUUAGUUUUCAAGGCUUCUUACAAUGACGGCAUGGUACUCUCGAUACGAAGACUCUCUGUUGGAUCGAUGGACGAAAACAUAUUCAGAAAAGAAGCAGAGUUUCUAAGCAAAGUAAAGCACCGAAACCUCACAGUACUUCGCGGAUACUAUGCAGGAGGACCACCCGACAAGAGACUUCUUGUAUUCGACUACAUGCCAAAUGGAAACCUCGCAACUCUCCUCCAAGAAGCGUCCCACCAAGACGGCCAUGUCCUGAAUUGGCCAAUGCGACACUUGAUAGCGCUUGGAAUCGCUCGUGGACUAGCAUUCCUCCACACAUCAAACAUAGUUCACGGCGACAUCAAGCCACAAAACGUUCUAUUUGACGCAGACUUCGAAGCCCAUCUAUCCGAUUUCGGAAUAGACCAAUUGACAGCAACAACAUCAGCAGAAGCAUCAAGUUCGACAAGAGUCGGAACAUUAGGUUACGUAUCACCAGAAGCAAUACUAACAGGAGAAGUUACAAAAGAGUCGGAUGUAUACAGCUUUGGUAUAGUAAUGCUAGAAUUACUAACAGGAAAAAGGCCAGUAAUGUUCAGUGAAGAUGAAGAUAUAGUGAAAUGGGUGAAGAAGCAGUUACAAAGAGGUCAAAUAGCAGAACUGUUGGAGCCAGGGUUACUAGAGUUAGACCCUGAAUCAUCAGAAUGGGAAGAGUUUUUACUUGGAGUUAAAGUUGGGUUAUUAUGCACUGCACCUGACCCCUUAGAUAGACCAACAAUGGGUGAUAUUGUGUUCAUGCUUGAAGGUUGCCGUGUUGCUACUGAUAUUCCAAGCUCUGCUGAUCCUACUACGACGCAGCCAUCUCCGGCAAGGCAACCCGAAACUCAUUGAAACUUACAGCCCGAAACUUGUGGAGUUUUGAUGUCCUGAUUUGUAGCAUGUUUUUCUUUUCCAUAUUUUUUUUUAGAAAUUAUUGAAUGGAUGUUUGUUCAAUUACCUUGUUACUUCUUUAGAUUUUUAAUUUUUUUGUCAAUGAAUUGACAUCGACUUAAGUUC